AUGUUUGCUGCUGCCGCUGCCGCUGCACCCACCUCUGGCGAACAUGUUCACAAAGAUGAAGCAUCCGUGGUGAAGCGUGCCCCCGAAGGGUUAGGAUACUCUUAUAAGGACUUUGAAAAGGCUCCUGUCGAGAAACGCAAGCCUGAAGGACUGGGAUAUUCUUACAAGGACUUUGAAAAAGCUCCUGUUGAGAAGCGUAAGCCCGAGGGACUGGGGUACUCUUACAAGGACUUCGAAAAAGCUCCUGUUGAAAAGCGUAAGCCCGAGGGACUGGGGUACUCUUACAAGGACUUCGAAAAAGCCCCUGUUGAAAAGCGUAAGCCCGAGGGACUGGGGUACUCUUACAAGGACUUCGAGACUGCUCCUGAUUCCUGA